UCGCACUUAACCCUACCGCGCCGCCGCCGCCUCCUUCUCCUCUUCCCUUGCUCCGUUGCUCGCUCGCCGCCUCCUUCUCCUCUUCCCUUGCUCCGUUGCUCGCUCGCCGCCGCCGCCGCUGCCCGAAACGCGAUGGCUCCCACCAAGAAGACGAAGAAGAGCACGGAGAACAUCAACAACAAGCUGCAGCUGGUGAUGAAGAGCGGCAAGUACACCCUCGGCUACAAGACCGUCCUCAAGACGCUGCGUAGCUCCAAGGGGAAGUUGAUCAUCCUUGCAAACAACUGCCCUCCACUUAGGAAGUCUGAGAUUGAGUACUACGCUAUGUUGGCAAAGAUCAGCGUGCAUCACUUCCAUGGAAACAAUGUUGAUCUUGGAACUGCCUGCGGCAAGUACUACAGGGUGUGCUGUCUCAGCAUCAUUGAUCCUGGUGACUCGGACAUCAUCAGCACCGCCCCUGGCACCACCCAGUGAAUUGGAAGAAGCUCACCUAUUUAGUCCAGAUGAUGUUAGGGUGGAGUCAUUGGUUACAAGGCCAAUUGUCACUUGCUAUCAUUGAGUUGGAGCUGACAAAUACAGUUUCAAAUUUCAUAUGGCUGUUUUGCAAGACAUUCCUAUAGUUUUGUUUUAUGAGAUGUUUAUUUUCAUGGAGCAGGCUACUUUUUUGUUCUAUUGGCUACCCUGGCGAUUAGUAUGUUGUUGUGUUUGGCUUUUCAUCUUGUGUUGAGAAAGUGAUGUUGUGGCGUAUUCA